AUGUACACCCAAAGCGAGUUUCUCGCCACACAAGUCAUUCCCGUCACGCCUCCAGCAGACAACACCAAUUGCGUAAUCUGCUAUGAAGAAUACAACACCACCUCGCAUGAACCCGUCACCUACGCUGGCGAAGACAGCUGCGGGCACAUCUUUUGCUUGUUUGUUAUCCCAGAGGCACCCUAUUCAGACAAUUCUGAUGAAUACGGAGAGGAGGAUGAGCCUUGGAAUGAAGAGGCAUAUUUGACUGAAAUUGAGGAGAUGGUUACAAUUCAGGAACGUAUGAGGAGAUAUGAGGAGAUUACAAUUCUGGAAAAUAGGAUUGAAAUUGAGGAGAUGAUGAUAACACAGAGACAUUUGAGAAGAAUUGAUGAGCAAGAGGAAGCAAUAGCAGUCUUCUACCCCGAACGCGUCCAAAACAUCCUCCGGAGUAUCUUUUACACUGGGGAGGACACACACAUUCGAGAUGCCGAUGACACUGGCGCGGUCAUCUGCUCUGAAGGAUCUGCUUCGUCAAAUAUUGGCUAG